AUGGCAUCCUCAAUGGUGAGUAAUCCAAAGGAGUUGGGUCGAGAUGAAGAUACAAACCAGUAUGUGGCAAUGCCACCCCCCUUUGCAAUGCCACCAUUUGUCCCUUCGUUGCCAUCUCCUCCGGCGAGUAAUCUGGAAGAGUUCAGCCGAGGUGAACACACCACGCAGUAUGUGGCAAUGCCACCCCCCUUCGCAAUGCCACCAUUUGUCCCUUCGUUACCAUCCCCUCUGUCGAGUAAUCCAGAGGAGUUCAGCCGAGAAACUGAACCGGACAUAAAUAUAUCGCCAGAUGCGGAGGGGAUAAAUGAUCUAUCAGAUGAUGAUGAGAAAGUUGACCCUCCAAUAGCUGGUAUGAAAUUUCCAUCUGAUAAUGAGGUUUUGCUGUAUUACAAACGAUAUGCCAAACAAGAGGGUUUUGGUGUUAUUAUCAAACGGACAAAGAGAGAUCUAGAUGGGAAUGCCAAAUAUGUGACGAUUGGCUGUGCACGUGGGGGAAGAUAUUAUCCUAGCUAUAGUAAUUUAGCUAAGCCCCGAGGAACGACAAAAACCGAUUGUAAGGCAAAAGUAAAUGCUUGGGUUGUGAAUGGUGAAUGGGUGUUGACCAGUGUUGAGCUGCUUCACAACCAUAGUACUGUUAGCCCAAAGAAAUCUAGAUUCUUUAGAUCUCAUAGAGUUUUAGAUGAAUACAGUCAGAGGAUGCUUGACUUGAAUGACAGAGCGGGUAUUCGGAUGAAUAAAAAUUUCCAAGCACUUGUGACUGAAGCUGGGGGGUUUGAGAAUUUGGAGUUCCAAGAGAAAGAUUGCAGGAAUUAUAUCGACAAAGCCAGAUAUUUAAGAAUGGGUAAAGGGGGUGGUGAAGCACUGAAUGACUACUUUACGAGAAUGAGGAAAAUGAAUGAUGGGUUUGUGUCCGUCAUGGAUGUGGAUGAUGAGUUUAGAGUCAGGAAUGUGUUUUGGGCUGACGCACGAAAUCAGGCAGCAUAUGAGGUUUUUGGAGAUGUUAUCACUUUUGAUACUACGUACCUAACAAAUAGGUACGGAAUGCCGUUUGCUCCCUUCGUUGGUGUCAACCAUCAUGGACAGUCCAUACUCCUGGGGGCAGGGUUGAUUUUAAGCGAGGAUACAAGUACGUUUGUUUGGUUGUUUGAAGCAUGA